ACCAAUGACUCAGGAGCUGAGCUUCCAAAAAUUUAUUGAACAGUCUGGCUUACUAGAAGAAUUUAAAUAUGACUUCAAUGACAAAGCUGAAUUGAGAGACACUGAGACACAAAGCCCUUUUGUCUUUAACUAUUAUAAAAAUGUCCAUGAGAAGAAUAGCAAGCGCUACCAGGCCCUUGGCCAUUUGCUUGAGCAAUACAUCUAUGAGCUUUUGGAGAAAAUGUGUAAAUUACAAAAAGUAUAUAUCCCACUUGAGGCUGAUAAACAACCAAGAAGUUUCUUUUUCAUGAGUGAGAGUGCAUUAACAAGUCAUCCUUCUGCUCUUCUUGUCCUUCUUCAAGACCAUGGGGUCUUCCGAGCUGGACAAUGGAGUCAACAGGCAAUAAUACAUCAUGGUCUCCAACAUGGAAGUCAGAUACCAUGUAUUCAAAUGGCAUUACAGGCACAUUACGGUGUAAUUGUGCCAAACCUCAAUGACAGUUUUGUGGACUUAAAGAUGGAAAAAGAGUGGAAAAGCCUUCUAGCACAAAAUAUUGAGUCCUCUUCCCUAAAAAUGGUUCAAGCUGAGAGCCUUUUAUCUCUUCAGCAGCCUCCCCAGUGUAUUCCAGAUAGAUUCAGCAACACCCCUGAAGAACACAUGGCUUACAUUUGGGAUUACUUCAUUUCAAAGACUGAAGGCAAGGAUGUUGCCUUCAUUGUACAUGGUUACGGAGGCUUGGUUUUUAUGGACCUGCUUGUUCGUAGAAAGUGGGAAGUGAUGAGCAAAGUAUAUGCUGUUGCACUUAUUGACUCUGAACACCAUGUAGGACACCAGCUGGGAAGUGACGUACAAUUAUUAGCAUGGAUAAAGCACCACUGCCGUGAAUGGGUGACAAGCCCUAAGCCUUUGGAUAAACCUGCAGCUACUGUUUUGAAAAAAGAGUUUCCUAUGGUUUCUGCUGGUACAGAAAAACACAGCUUAGCCCCUUCCUCUAGCCUAGAGUCCAUUUUUAAAUACUUUAAAAAAGCUUUGAAAGCCAGAACAACUAUUAAUUUCUCUCCAGUGCCAAUAGCAACUAGAAGCUCCACAAAAAGAAAGCAAAGCACAUAAGUUACUUUUUGUCAUCUAAGAUUUUUUUUCCCUCUGUAACUUUGCUGUUGUAGACACUAGAAGAAAAAAAACACUUUCAGCUCACACACAGUAUCAUGUUCUGGCUUGAGAUUUGAUUUAUUAC